AUGGCGUCGGGAGGCGUGACAUUCGUGACGCCCCCACACGACACCCCCUUUGAGGUGCCGAAGACCUCAACCAAAGCCAACAUGAGAUCAAAGGAUAAUCAGAAACUGAAGGCAUUGAAUGAAUUGCCGAAUGAAUGUAUUAAGAGAUGUCUAACGGUUUCGUACGGGAAGUCAAAUGAGCCGCCGUUGGGACGCAAGAGAAGUGAUAGCAAUAAUUACCGCAAAAGAAGGCAUUCUUUCGGCGCAAACGCUGACCAAAAGUUUUUGAAUCAGAAGAGACGCAAAGAUCGGAUAAUAUUGCCGACAAAGUUCCUGUUGGGCGGAAACAUCUGCGACCCGUUGAACCUCUCGAGUCUGGCCAACGGCGCCAAUCAAGUGACCCCUCAGUCGUCGCCACUUCCGACUCCCAAACACAAGACUCAGGUCGAGGUCUUAAUUCCGGCCAAUAUUAACGAUCCGUUGAAUUUGAACAGUUCGGGAGAUAUCGACGAAUCGGCGAUCAUUUCGCCCAAAAUGAAAACCAAAUCGAGAAAAAGGAAACGAAAGCGAACCGACUCUGAGACCACUGCAGAGCCAACUGUUGUUGAAUCUGAAGACACAGUUAAGGACACGACUACUGAACCGAAGAUUAAGGUGGAAACCACUCCCAAACUCGCGAAACUUCGAAUCAAUGAUAACUUAAAAACCAUCGAUAAGAUUGUGUCUCCAGUUAUUCCUCAAGGGAUUGGUUCAAAGCACAGACGCUUUGCGGACAUCAAUUCAAAAGCAGUUCUCAAUUUGGAGUCAUUUGCAGACAAUAAUGAAACAAAAGUGAAACCAAUUAUUAAAAACAAGAAUAAAUGCAAAUCAAAAACACCUCACUUUAGAGCUAAAGACGAGAGCUUUCGUUACGGAAAUUAUAACCGAUAUUAUGGCUAUAGAAAUGCCAAUCAAUUUGAUUCUCGUCUCGAAUGCCUUAAGAGAGAGUGGUUUCAAAACAAAGACAUUCUGGACAUUGGAUGCAAUGUCGGACACAUAACGCUAGCGAUUGCCAAGAAUUUUGAGCCAAAAAAGAUCAUUGGUUUGGAUAUCGAUAACUCUCUCAUUAGAAUUGCUAAUAAAAACAUUAGGCAUUACAUCACAUCCAGUGUUCUUCGGACACAAGACUUUCCCAUUUCAUUACCUCUAUUUCACGGGCCAUUGGCCUCAACCGCAGCACACGAUUCAAGCGAUGAUAAGCAGUGUUUCCCCCAAAAUGUGUGUUUCAUAACUGGAAACUAUGUGUCGGAAUGCGAUGAGCCGUCGAGUAUUCAAAAGCAACAGUUCGACACAAUUGUCUGCUUAAGUCUUACCAAAUGGGUUCACUUGAAUUGGGGCGACAAUGGAGUCAAGACUUUAUUCAAACGAAUCUUUUCUCAACUCCGACCCAACGGUAAACUCGUAUUAGAAGCGCAACCCUUCUGUUCAUAUAAGAAGAAAAAGAAAAUUAAUGAAACGAUUCAUAAAAAUUUUAAUGCAAUUAAGUUCAGACCCGAACAGUUCAAUGAAUACCUGCUUUCACGGGAAGUGGGUUUUAGCCAAUCAGAGCUAAUAGGGACGCCCGAAAACCCAUCCAAAGGUUUUCGGCGACCAUUAUAUGUGUUUACAAAAUCUGGUGUUUGUUUUGAAAAAGAGUGAUUUGUUGUUCCGGUUGCGUCUCAUUCAUAGAAACUCAUUAAAC